AUAACCUCAAACCACAUCAUGAAUAAAUAAAUAUAAAAUGAUCAAUAUACUCAUAAAGCUUUUGAGUUUAUUAUUAUAUUCCAGGACCGAAUUCAGAGAUAACUUCAAUUCGGACUUGGAACUUUUAGGAUACAAAUACGGAUUGAUAGGAAACGAAAGUUUCGAUUACUAUUACAUUUACCACUCGGGCAACAUCGUUAUAUCUCUUACAACAAGAGAAGGAGAUGCCGAUUUGUACAUUUCACAAACCGCCGUCUAUCCGACAUUCUACCCCGACAAUUACGAUCUCCAUUCGGCCACUUGCGGACUCGAUUCGAUAGAAAUCCCUUCAAACUUCGAAACUCCUAUAGCUGUUGGAAUUUACGGCCAUUCGGGUCACGAAGUGAGCAAUUACGUGCUGGAGGUGUACAAAAACCCGAGGACGGAAGGGCAGGCGUUCGCUGUCAUUCUAGAUGAACUUCCCGAGAGCAAAGAGGACUCAAAUUCGAAUUAUCGCAAAGACGAUGAAGGAGAAUCGAGCAGAAAACAAAGAGAUAAGGAUUCGGAACGGAAGAAAAAAGCUAAACAAGCCGCGUCUACUGCCAUAGGGUUUUCUUCGUUGCUCGAAAUAAUCGGCUUGAUAUUUCUAUGACAAUGUAGUUGUUUUUUAGUAGUUGUUUUGAAUUGUAAGAGAAGGAAUGUUGUUGAUAUUUU